GUUCUUUGCUUUAAUACGUCUCUUAACGAUCUAAUCGAGGAAAAGCUUCGCAAUUGUCUGGCAUAAAGAAUUUGACGCAUUUAGAAGCUGGCGCUGACUUUCGGUAGCUUGAUUAGAAUCACACGAUCAGCCCUCUAGACGAAAAUAGUGAACAAUGUUAGUGGCGGUGAAGGGGGUUGAAGGAAAAUUCGACGCUAAGGGUGGUGUACAAGUGCGGGCGCCAUCUAGUCCCUCAGUGCCUGACUAUCCUCACGGAAGACCCGUGUUCUCGCGUUCUGAUUACCAGAUUAUUGGCGACAUUUCGUGUGACAAUUUGAUUCAGUGUUUCGUGUUAUAACUAAAGUGACCAGUGCACGCUUCAGAACGGAUACAAAAAGAAUGGACAAGCUGUUAAGAGAAAUGAACGUGGAGUGGCGAUGACAAGCCUGAUCUUGGAAAACGCAGACUUGAACCGACUUUUUCCGAAAUGUCGGCCUAGGGGUGGCCCACCCCCGAGUCCGGGGGCCUCCACGCAGAUCAGUCAGCCGCAUGAGAGCCUCUGUCAGAAGGAGGCCGUCUCUGUUACCACCAGCCUCACGAGUACACUUGCAACUACGUUCGCAAACACUCUCACGACCACCCUUGCAAUCGCCUCCAAGAACACCCAUUCGACGCACUUUCACGCGAUACCGGAAGACAUGAUCGACUUAGAGCGUGAUAUCUCUGAUAGGACAGCAAGCAUGGUGUCUGGUUUCACAGGUGAGAGUCAGCUAUCCGUUGGUGUCAGCGGUGGCAGUGGCAGUGUUGGUGGUCCACUUGGAACAUUUAGCUCACUUGGCACACUUAACACAAAACCACUUUCUUCAAGUUCCUCAUCUGCCUCUGGGCACAGUGAGGAUGCACAACAAUAUGGUAGUUUCCCAGGAAGUGAUCAUCAGAGUCAUUCACAGCAGGAUGAUAGCGGACCUGAGGAAAGCCCUGUAUACAUUUUAACUUCUGCUAAGGGUGAUCGUAGUUAUAAACUAAUGGAUUCAAGAAUUAUAGAAAUUGCUGGUGGACGAGAAGUUUUUUCUCAGAGUCGAGGUAAAGUAGCAGCAAGAAAAUCACGCUUUCUUGCUGCAUCAAAUUCCUUGAAUAAUGAAGAUAUUCAAACAGAUAACAAGCUAUCUGUUAAAAGAAAUAAUAAAUCACCAAAUACUCAAACUAUAUGGGAAUUAAGAAGCCGAUGUGGCGAUACAAGAAAGCAACGUUCUAACAGAGAAGUAACUGAAACUGUAUUUUCUUCAGAAAUACAUUCAGUGUUGCAUAAUCCAACAAAAUCUAUUCUCGAUUAUGAUUCUCCCAAGAGCAAUCACAGCAACCAUAUUAUUAAUUAUGACUCAAUUCUGAAUAGCAAUAAUGUAGAAUACGGUGUAUCGAAAAAUACUACAGAUUUUGAUUAUGGAUUAUCAAAGAGUUGUAUAGAUUAUCAAUCGAACCAUACAACACCAGCAAGAAGCAUGGCGAUCGUCAGCGAUGGUGAAGUAGUUGUCUUUGAUGACAUUGAUGAUAACUGGCAAAAUUUACGACUAGACUUAACUUCUAAUAAUACCAAUCAAAUUACAUCAACUAAUUUAAAUCUGGAGUCUGAAGAGUCUCAAAGAGGUCGUAUUCCUCCGGAACCUUUGAGUUCCAGCAUUGGAAGUACUCCAAGUCCUACAACGGCAUAUCAUCGUAAUACUUCAGAAUUUUUUAAGGUGAUUACUCCUGCUAGCGAUUGUGAAGUUGACUCGCCAUCUUCAGAACGUAAUCACAAAGUGGCAAGAGUAAUUGGUGAAUUACCAAUAGCACAAUAUUCUGAAAGUCCAAGACGUUAUGGAGUACGUGAUACUCAACUUCCUUGUCUUCUAUCAUCGCCAUCUGUAUAUAUGACACCGAGACCUGGCUUUCCCCAGAGAGUAUUACCAACAACACCAAGUCAUAAUGAGAAGGAGGAUACUUCUGCAGAAAUAAUUGUAGAAAAGGCUGUGGUAGAAACAAAUAUGAAUUAUACUGAUGAUCAAACUGUAAAUGCCUCUUCUCCAAAAGUCGAGGACGAAGAAGAUGAUUCUUUAAAACCAUCAACUUUGCCCACUGACAACAUAAGUAACUUGGUAUCAUCCGGUGGUAGUACAUUUGAUUAUUUGUAUGAAUUUUCUGAGACACGAAAGGUACUUGAAGAAUUUUUUAAGUGUCCGCCACCGAUGAAAGAGAAAGAAAACAGUACUGAAUCUUUCCCAUUUCAGGAUCUUGAUUAUGAAUUAAGAAGACAAGGGGGAAGCAGUUACGUUGGUCAGCGAUUGGCUAGUGGUCCACCAACAACGGAAGAAGUUUUGGUACAUGAAUCUCCUAAAAAACAAAGAAGUGAUUUCCCACAGAACAGCGGUGAACAUGAGAAUAAUUUCUUAGACCUCUCAGUAGGUACUGGGAGCAGUGAAGAUCUCGGCGAAACAGAAGUUGGAUUACAAGUCGGGCAUUCUCGUAAUUUUACAUUGAGUCCUGAAACGACUGAUUGUGAUAGUAACUGUGGAGACCUCGAUAGUGAAGUUUCUUUAAUGAUGAUGGAUAAUGAAUUGAUACCGGCUAGCGGUCUGCUUGGAUCGGUCGGUGACUUAGGAAAUAAUUCAGAUUCCUUAAGAAUAUAUACUAGUAUGCCGGUCCUUGAAGACGGCUUAUCAAGCGGACAUGCCAGUGAUACUGAUAAUAAUAACCCAACUGUGAUGCUAAUGAAGCGACAAAUUAAUGAGAUCGAAAAGGAGAUUAUUCAGAGAAGUCGUGUUAAUGAUACUGGUCAUCCUACUGCGACGGAAAGAGAUUCAAUAGGAAAAGAUCUUUCUGGUUUAACUGUUAGCAAAGAUAUUUUACAUUCGUUGAAAGCAUCAUCACCUGAUCUGUUUGUUCCUAACAAAGAAAAUUCGUAUGAUACAAAUGAGCUGCAACUUGAUGGUUUGGAUCCUCUUGGUACACCUCCACCACCUGCGCCACAAGCUAGACAAAGUGUUAAUUUAGAAAUAGGUGGUGAAGUUGAAGCUGCUAUUAAAGAUAUUAGGAUGGCUUUACAAAGGACGAAAACUUUACCUGUCAAGUCUUCUACUGAAGAACCGCCCGAACCUAAUGUUAGUCCGAUUUGGAUACCAAGUAUAUUGGAUGGCAGGCGGAGAAUUUGCGUAGAAAAUAAUAGUGAAGAAUCGGAAGUUCGACGUACAGGUGAAGAAGCGGAUGUUGAAGUGGAGGAAGGUCCAGACGAAGAAGAGGCAGAUACUGAUCUUGAAACUGAUCGUUUGCUUGGACAACAAAGAACAGAUGAUCAGGGUUUUUAUGACGAUAAGGGGUGGAGGAAGCCUAAGACUAGGACAAUGUUACCACCGAUGAGUGGAAAACUGUCAACUCCUAAACAAACUCCCCCAAAAAGCCUGAGUGUUGCUCCGGUAGAAAGCCCGUUAGCACCCUCGGAACCUUUAGCUUCGACCUCUGCCUGUGUGUCCACUUCCGCUUCUGCCUCUAUUUCGCCUCCUCCAGUAGUUUCCGUUAUACAACCACCACCUUGCGAUCGUGACGUUACCACUCCCACGCAACCCUCGUCAAGUCCACAGAAGACUCCAGUUAAAAAUUCUCCCUCAUCCCCUCAGAGUCUCAAGGAAUCUGGCAGCAAGGUGAAAAAGGAAAAAGAGGAGAAGAAGAAAAGCAGAAACAAAGAAGCUCUUCUCGACGAUCCUUCAGUUUUAAUCGAAGGAGUAUUGUUCCGAGCAAGGUACCUCGGAUCUACUCAGCUUGUGUGCGAGGGAGAGCCCACAAAAUCUACUCGCAUGUGCCAGGCAGAAGAAGCUGUGUCUAGGAUAAAGGAGGGGCCAGUGGCUACGGGUAUGCAGGCCACGCUGUUAAACUAUGGGGGGCAACAUGGUUUUGGUCGAUGCAGCGUUGCCUCGCAAGGAAGCCUCGAGGAAGAUGAGUGCGACUCGAGCGAAGAACUUAUAGGGAGCACCCCUGGUGGGGGCCAGUCCGAGUCGCAGACUGUGGGUCUCCAACCAAAACUGGCCCCGAUCAGUGGCUCUAUGGAGCCCACCACCGUUUUCAGGCUUCACUUUCUCGGAUCGGUUGAAGUUGAAGAGGAAGGGAGACGUAAGCGCCUUAACAACCACAUAGUGCGGGAGGCUGUGACUAAGAUCAAGGCGUUGGCACCGGAUGGCGAAACGCAACCGAGUACGGAAGUUGAUCUGUUUAUCUCGACGGAGAAAAUCAUGGUCCUGAAUACGGAUCUUAAAGAGAUCAUGAUGGACCACGCGUUAAGAACAAUAUCUUACAUAGCAGAUAUUGGUGAUGUAGUGGUGCUAAUGGCACGAAGACGAUUCGUACCGCACGAAAUGGAGGAAGCACCAAAAAUCAACAGAACUCCAAAAAUGAUUUGUCACGUUUUCGAAAGUGAAGAGGCUCGGUUUAUUGCACAAAGCAUCGGACAAGCGUUUCAAGUAGCUUACAUGGAGUUCCUCAAAGCAAAUGGUAUCGAAGAUCAUAGUUUUGUGAAAGAAAUGGAUUACCAGGAGGUGCUCAAUUCUCAAGAGAUAUUUGGAGAUGAACUACAAAUGUUCGCCAAAAAAGAAAUGCAAAAAGAGGUAGUAGUACCAAAGGCGAAGGGUGAAAUUUUGGGUGUAGUAAUCGUUGAAUCCGGAUGGGGUUCUAUGCUACCAACAGUUGUAAUCGCAAAUCUAGCACCAGCCGGUGCAGCUGCUCGUUGUGGACAAUUAAACAUUGGUGAUCAGAUAAUAGCCAUCAAUGGUGUCUCGUUAGUCGGUUUACCUCUCUCCACUUGUCAAACUUACAUCAAGAAUUCGAAAAAUCAAACAGUCGUCAAGUUAACUGUCGUUCCAUGUGCGCCGGUGGUCGAGGUCAAAAUCAAAAGACCUGACACUAAGUAUCAGUUAGGAUUUAGUGUACAGAACGGAGUAAUAUGUAGUCUGUUGAGAGGAGGAAUCGCCGAAAGAGGAGGUGUUCGAGUGGGUCAUAGGAUCAUUGAGAUCAACAAUCAAAGUGUCGUUGCUGUGCCGCAUGAGAAGAUCGUCAAUCUUCUUGCCACAUCCGUCGGCGAAAUAUUAAUGAAGACAAUGCCCACAUCAAUGUUUAGGCUAUUAACUGGCCAGGAGUCUCCAGUGUACAUAUAAGCGUUUGGUUGCCUGGCUGAUAUGCGUAGUGAACAGACAAUACAUCCGCCAUCCACUACCGUAUAAUUUACUAACUUUACUCUCUGUACAGAUUUAUUCUACGCAGAUUGCUUUGUGUUUCAAUUCUUGUGGAAUUCUAUUCAUAUACUCUCACCAGCUCCUGCUUAACAAAGCAACAAAACUUACGUAAACAUGUUGCGACAAAUAUUAAUAUAUUGAAUAUUUACAUAAAGCAAAAGAUAUAUAUACAUAAUAUAUACAUAAACGUUUUAUUUAUGAAUGGGAUUCUCUAUGACUGUUUUCAAAUUGACUAUUCCAAUAAUUUAUGGAUAAAUUUUGGAUAAAUUUUUUUUCAUUUUUACUCUCUACUUAUUUAUUUAUGCAAUGAAAAAUAUAUUGCAAGACAAUUUUUUUCAACAACGUUAUUGUGCCAUUUAUAUUGUGCAUUUAUAUUUACGAAUUUUUUCUUUAUUUCUCGUAAUAUCAUUUUUUUCAAUGUAUUAUAUUUUGUGAAUUUGAUGAAAAUGAUAUUUAUUGCAGAAAUAAAGUAACAAGUGAUAAAUAGAUUAAUAAAGUUUUUUAUUUAAUACGUAUAUUGGAGUUUAUAUUUAGUGAAAUCAGCAUUGAGAAUCACAUUCCAUACGUGAUAAGAAAAGCAAAGUAUGCAGUGCACACGAUUAUAUUAGGUUGAUCGGAAAAUAGUGUCGGAUUCUUCAACAAAGUGUCAGUUUGUUAUCAUUACAUGCAGUUUAUUCAUUAAUCAUUAUUCAUUGUUUCUACCGAAACUUGUUGAAGCAUCGUUGAGCUGUAAGUUCAAGGAUAGUCUCAAAUCUGAAAAUUUCGCACAAAUUUUUAACCGCAACCGCAGUCGUAUUGUUAACAUUUUGAAAUUCAUCGAUUAUAUAGUGACAUACAUAAAUGCAUUCUGUCUACACUAGGGAUAUACGGGUAGCCGAGAUUACGGGCUCGACUCUAGUCGGAAAAGAUCGGGUGGGAUCGGCCCGAAAGCAUUAUCCUAUUUGGGAUCCCAAAAUUUUUGAAUUCUUGGGAUUCGAUUCGGUAUAGUGUUUAAAAUGGAUCGUAUCACAUUCAUAGUACGGUCAUUGAUACACUCAAUUUUUUUAAACAACCAAGAAUAUGGCAAACAUGUAAAAAAAAUCUUUAUAGAUACCCAACACUUGUACGUAGCAAAUCGGGCGCUCAUUCUUGCCCGACUUUUCCCGACCUGACCUAAAAAUUUGCCUACCCGUAUAUCCGUAAUCUACAGACAUGCUAAGGAUUGAAGGACAUCCCUAUUUGUUGUCCACAUAAAGGUAUAAUACAAGUUGACUACACAUGCAAAUAAGUGCUGAAGGUCAGCUUAUAUUUUUCAUAAGGAAAAUCCGAUAGUACUUUCCGAUCAACCUAAUACAUAGCACAAAAGCUCUUUACCAACGUUUAGAGCAGGGCUGGAACUCUAUACAUUACGUAGCUCACGACGGAAUAUGUUUUUACCAGGGCCUUCAUACAUUCUGUUGGCUUCAUAGAAAGUAACAUUGUUUAUUUAAUCUGUUUUUUAAUCCACGGAUCGCAGUUUCCUUGUUUUGCACUAAGAUUAAGAGCUACUAUCUAUUACAUAAUACUUUGAAUGUGUCGUCUCGUGAUAAAUAUCACGGUAGUUAUACGGAAGAGUACUCCGUAUUAUGUAUUGUACAUGUAAUUUUUUUUACUGUGAUUUUCUUUUUAUAACUACCUCUGUCGACAGAGGCAUGCUUUUGCUGUUAUUAGCAAUCAUUUUGAGCAAACAAGGAUAUUUAAUAGCUCGCAUCAUUUAUAAGAAAGUUCAACAAUCGAGGUCGGUUAUAUAGUCAAGAAAAUGCACAAUUAAGAAUUUAAUAUCCCAUUUAAAAUUUCUAACAAAAUUAUUGUCAAAAUUACUAUUUUAAAGAAUAUCAGCAUUGAAAAUUAUAUAAAAGGGUGCCUAUUUCCUUGAUAAUGUAUGUAAAUCUAGAAUUUUGCUUACUUCUUAAUAAUACAGAUUUUAAAUAACAAAAUUUAAUGUCCAAAGGAUACAAAUGAUUCCAUUGAUUCCAUGAAAAUAGAAGACAUUGACAAUUAUUUGAAAUAUUUAUUUUAAGUUUCAUCUUAGCCACUUCAUUUCAUCGAUUGAUAUUAACAAAUACACUGUGAAUAACUAUUGAAACAAAUCUAUAAUCUGUGAAGCAACAUCUAUAUGUAACAUACUGCGUAUAAAUGAACGCACUUAUUUUUAUUACUGGUGGACGAUAAUAUCUCUUAGAAUCGUCAGCUGUAAGCGACUUUUGUGGUGCAAUAUUGCUACAUCAUUUUUUUAUUAUUACUGUAACCAAGCGAGAGCAAUCUCAUUAAAAUAAUUAUACCAGCAUUUACAAUUGUCACCAUUAAUAUGCUCUUCUUCAACUAUUUAGAAAAUACUUUCUAUCUAUGAAAUAUAAAUGAAAUGAAGAAAAAAAAAAAUCAUGAAAUAUUAAUCUCAACUUUGCGUAACAUUGU